CAGCGGUGCGAAAACCUAAAUCUCACGCACACUGAUAUUGGGGGGCGAGAGAUAGAACUAGGGUUUUUCUGAAACGAUGGCGGAAGGUGAUGUGAAGAAGGGAAGUGUGAAGUGGUUCAACGACCAAAAGGGGUUUGGAUUUAUAACCCCUGACGAUGGAAGCGACGAUCUGUUUGUUCAUCAAUCGGCGAUCAAAUCCGAGGGUUUCCGCAGCCUCGGCGACGGCGAGGUAGUGGAGUACGUUGUUGAGUACGGCAAUGACGGCCGUGCCAAGGCGGUGAACGUUACCGGACCUGAUGGCGCAUCCGUGCAGGGAAGCACCCGUGGAUCUUACGGUGGCAGAGGCGGCGGAGACGGUGGUGGUGGAUACAACGGUGGGAGCAGAGGCGGCGGUGGUCGAGGUUAUGGCGGUGGUCGCGGUUAUGGCGGAGGCGAAGGCUAUGGUGGCGGCGGCGGGGGAUACGGCGGAGGCGGUGGUGAUCGAUACGGUGGAGGCGGUGGUGAUCGAUACGGAGGAGGCGGUGGUGACCGAUACGGAGGAGGCGGCCGGGGAGGUGGCCGCGGCGGCGGAGGAGGUGGCGGAUGCUACAACUGUGGUGAGGGAGGUCAUUUUGCUCGUGAAUGCCCGACUGCCAGCCGUUGAGCUCUUGGAGUAGUGCCGUUUAUUUAGUAUUUCUGGUUUUUUUGGGUAAUUUUUGUUCCGUUUUUGCUCUCUAUUGUGGUGUUUGAGCUUGACUUUUGGUAAUGGUUACAUGAUAAGCCCUAGCAGAUUGAUCUCUUGUUAGGGUUUUACUAUUAUAUUGAUAAUCUCUGCCGAUGUCGGUGGUUCGUGUCUGUUUUUUUGUCCCGAAAUGUGUAUACAUGAAUAUGGAUAUACAUACUGCUUGGUCUUUUUAUUCUAAUCAAUGAACGAGUUUGGUUUCUAUCAA